CUCCAAACUUGUCGGCCAGCGGAGGAAGAGCGAGCUCGUCCCUCCACGUACUUGUCAUCUCAUCUCAAUCCAGUGAAGUAGCUGAGCAAGCUACUCCAGCAGGACUUCCUUUCCUUGGAAGGCCUCGGCUAACACCAGGACAGGAAGAUGGGCUCGUUAGAUGCCACACGAGCUGAGCUCGGCCUCGUUGUUCUGUACUUGAACAAAGCCGAGGCUAGGGACAAGAUCUGCAGGGCAAUUCAGUAUGGAUCAAAGUUCAUAAGCAACGGGCAGGCUGGCACCGCACAGGACGUCGAUAAAUCAACCACGAUAGCUCGAAAAGUUUUCCGUCUCCUCAAGUGGGUCAAUGAUCUGCAUGCUCUUAUCAGCCCAGCUGCAAAAGGAACUCCUCUGACACUUGUCCUGCUUGGCAAGUCCAAAAACGCUCUGCUUUCGACGUUCUUGUUCCUGGACCAAUUUGUGUGGUUAGGACGAACAGGGAUAAUCAAGAACAAGGAGGCUACGGACCGGGUUGGCAGGAUAUCCCUAUACUGUUGGAUGGCUUCUUCAGUCUGUGCAAGUCUAGUUGAGCUUGGAGAGCUUAAGAGGCUAUCGAAAUCAAUGAGGAAGCUUGCAAGAGAGCUGAGGGACACAGAUAAGUACGAGAAUGAACAGUACCAGAAUAAAAUGAAGCAGUCAGAUGAAAGGCUCCUGGCCGUGGUGAAGGCCGCCAUGGACGUGGUCGUGGCCAUCGGGCUUCUUCAGCUAGCACCUAAGAAGAUCACUCCCAGAGUGACAGGAGCUUUCGGAUUCAUCACCUCGCUCAUCUCCUGCUAUCAGCAACUUCCUUCCCGUGCUCCUGUGGCCAAAGUCAAGGUUUGAGGGGUGUCGCAACCAAAUUGGAGUCAUCGCUGGAACUUGAGCUGUGCGUCAGCCUGGAUCGUACCAUAAUUAUAUGCGCGAGUAUAGAAUACAUGGAUGGAUUGGCAGCGCUCCUGCCUUAUUUUUAGAAAACAGAAUCAGAUUUACUAGAUGUCAAAUGCUUGAUUUUUACCUUUAUCUCAAUCGAUUCUUAGAGUCAUCAGAUCUGCAUCAGUAGAUGUUGCGGUAGGAAUUUUUUACGUGCAACAUUGUUGUGACAAGCAUACGAUGAUGUUUGCAGCGGUGAAGUGGCACUCCAACCAUAGCAACGAAUAUUGCAAUAGGGAACUUUUACUCCUAGCAACGUAAUUGUGUUGCGGCGAGAAAUAUCAUAUGUUGCAAUAAGUUAGGGGAAUGGCCUAACUCA